AUGCUACCACAAAUUACCAAUGGCACUUCUCCAAAAUCCCUGGACCAGUUUUCAGGAUUAAGUCUAUUGGAAAUCCCUGAAGAGACUUCCAAAGGAAAAAGCAAAAAAAGAUCGAAAAAAGCCAAUGAUUUCUCAAUCAGAUUUAAAACUGAGAUAUGCCGGAAUUGGGAGAACGGAUUCUGCGAAUUUGGCGAAAAAUGUACAUUUGCCCAUGGCCAAGAUGAGCUGAGGUCUAAGGAAGGUCUCCCUAUCAAACAAUCCAAAGCCUGCAAGCAGUAUUUUGAACUAGGGUACUGUCUUUUGGGUUCAAAAUGUGCUUCAGAGCAUGCUGACGACUCUGACAAAACCGCUUCAAGCUCGCCUUCUAAUAGUACAGUAGCCAGCAGAAAAUCAUCUGUAGAUAGCUCGUGCCAAUGCAUGCCUUUAUUUAUUGACCUCGAAUGCAGAGGAAUGUAUAUAUAA